AUGGCUAGUUGCGAGGAACGAUGCAACGUUAGUAUUUCGACAAAUUUAAGUCAGCUGACAGCGUUUCAACUUACAAGUCUGGAUAUCCCAGCAAUUGAUGAAGGUAGUUCAGUGUCAUCACAGACUAAACCUUUAGAUAAUAAUCAAAGUGGUUCUGGAAAUAACCCAGUUUCAUCGCAAACUAAACCCUUGGAUAACAACCAAGGUGGUUCUGAAAAGAACCUAGAUGCUAUUCUUCACGCCAUCACUUUAUUGGGUGAGAGAAUUAAACAUCUUGAAGCAGUUCCACCCAUCCUUCAAGAAGCUGAUCAACUUGAUGACAACUCUGAUGAGGAUUCUGCUGAAGAUUCCACUGGUAAACAUUGGGGUAUGUCAACAAUCAAGGAGAUUAGAAGACACUACGAAGUUGGCGACAGAUUAGCCGAUGGAGAUGUCUUAAGUUUUGUUUCAGCCAAAACUCUUCGUCGUUAUCAAACCAAUGAUGCUCUUUUGAAUAGAGUUCAAUCAUUAAUGGCUAGAUUUGAAUCCGUUAUUCAUAAUCAUCGUACUUAUCCCCGUUUGCAAGAAAUCCAAUCAAAGGGCUUGCAAAAGAUGAUGGAAAUGUUGCAUUUGAAAUCUAGACUACUCCAUUUCGCUUUAAGUCACCCAAUGAACGUUGCUAACAUCAUUGAAAUCACAGAAUUAGUUUAUCUUCUCUGUGAGGUCGAGAAAAUUUUCUUGGAAGAAGGUUUGUUUGAUAGUAAUUUUGAGGUUGCCACCAAUUUCAUUCAACCAUUCGUACAGAGCAAUACGUUCGCUGACAUAACCGAAAAAGCACGUAGUAAGAAGAGAGAGAAAGCUGUUAUCAAGACUGCUUUUGUUGGAAAGAUUCAAAAACCCAACAAAAUGAAAGAGAAGUUGAACAAACCCUACACUUCUCAACACAACAGCUACUCUAAGUCUUACAAGAGUAACUCCAAUUUUCAAAAAUCAGGAGACUCAAAACCAAAGUACAACAACAACAACAGUGGAGGAUCCUUCAGCAAGGACCUCUGA